AUGCGCUUCUUCUCUGCUCUUCUUGCGGUCACAUCCGUUGCCUCUGUUUUUGCGAGGGCCUUGCCACCCUUCUCUCCAAGCACCGGUGCCGAUCGCCGCGGUGCCUUUUCUGUGAAGCAAGUGCGCAACCUCAACUUUGUCCGGAGCGGCCCGGUGCAGCUGGCCAAAAUCUAUCAUAAAUAUCACGCUCCUCUUCCGGACGAUCUCAAGGCAGCCGUCAGCCGCAUCCGGAGCAACACGCUGAAGCGGUCGAAUGGCACCGUUGAGACGAACCCAGAGGCAAACGAUGUUGAGUACUUGACGCCGGUUUCUAUCGGCACCCCCGAGCAAGUUCUCAACCUUGACUUCGACACGGGAUCUAGUGACCUCUGGGUUUUCAGCUCCCAAACCAAGAACAGCGAGGUCGAUGGACAGACCGUCUACAACCCAACCAAGAGCUCUACAGCGAAAGAGCUGAAAGGUUACACGUGGCAAAUCUCUUACGGAGACGGCAGCUAUUCCGGCGGCAACGUCUACACAGACACAGUCACGGUUGGCGGCUUGGCCGUCCCAUCGCAAGCGGUCGAGGUUGCAACACAGGUUUCUGAUGAGUUCACUUCCGACCCCAACAACGACGGCUUGCUCGGCUUGGGAUUUAGCUCCAUCAAUACGGUCGAACCGAAGAGUCAGAAGACGUUUUUCGACAAUGCCAUGCCCAACCUUGAUUCCCCUCUCUUCACGGCUGAUCUCAAAGCCAGCGUUCCUGGCCACUUCACCUUCGGCUAUAUCAACCCAGAUGCUUACAUCGGCAAUAUCACGUACACACCGGUGGACAGCAGUGGGGGCUUUUGGGCCUGGAAAUCAUCGGGGUAUGCCGUUGGGUCGGGAAGCUUCAAGACCACCACGUUUCAGGGCAUUGCGGACACGGGUACGUCCCUGCUCCUUCUGCCCAGCUCCGUGGUCUCGGCCUAUUACCGGCAAGUCCGCAACGCAACGUACGACAGCACGCAGGGAGGAUACACACUCCCGUGCAGCGGGCCGGUGCCCGAUUUCGCCUUCGGAGUUGGAGACAAAGACACCAUGAUCACGGUGCCCGGCGAUUACAUCACCUACGCCCCUACGAGCUCGAGUGGGGAAACCUGCUUUGGAGGUAUCCAGCCGGAUACGGGAAUUGGGAUUUCCAUUUAUGGGGACGUCGCCCUCAAGGCUGCUUUUGUCGUUUUUGAUGGCGGUAACAUGCAGCUGGGCUGGGCAUCCAAGACCUUGCCGCUAUCCACUGGGCCGUAA